UAGGACGCGAGCGGGCGGCGGGACAGACUGACGUGUGGCUGCAUCGCGGGAGACGCAUGGCUGGGAUGGCGCUGGCGCGGGCCUGGAAACAGAUGUCCUGGUUCUACUACCAAUACCUGCUAGUCACGGCGCUUUACAUGCUGGAGCCCUGGGAACGGACUGUGUUCAAUUCUAUGCUGGUGUCUGUUGUGGGGAUGGCUCUCUACACUGGGUAUGUGUUUAUGCCCCAGCACAUCAUGGCUAUUCUGCACUACUUUGAAAUUGUACAGUGACCACAACAAGACCAGGAUCAAGAGGUUCCUUGGGAGAAGACACACUCUACAAAGUUGGAAUAAGAUUUGAUCUGAUGCCACAAGAAACUCUACUGGACAUCAACAUCACCAACCUUCACAAUAUAAAGACUAAAUUUCCAUGAGUAGAACAGGAAAAAGCAUCCUGACUCAUGUGUUGUGUUCUUUAUUUUUAAUUUUAAAAGAGGCUCUUGUAUAGUAGCUUUUGUCUAUUUUAACAUUGUAGUCAUUUGUACUUUGAUAUCAGUAUUUUCUUAACCUUUGUGACUAUUUCAAUAAGACCCUGUGAAAGCUUUUCUUAAUGUAACUUUGAGUACAUUUUAAUUGCCUUCUAUUUUUGAAAUCCAAGGUCAUUAGUUGGGCUCUAUUGUUCUUGCAAUUGUAAUGGCAUAUACACCUGCCUGGGUAUAUUUCUACUCUUGACCAAAGUUUUGUAAGAAACAAUACAUGAUUUGGGGCAGGGGGAGAGGGAGGGAGGAUAUUUUACACAAAAGACUUACCUGUAAGCUUGAACUCAGGAGUUCAGUUUUAGCUAUCUAGAUUCUUAACAGCUUUUGAUUUAAAACUACUAAAGUGUUUCUUAGCAAUGACAAAGAAAAAGAUCUUGCUGAAAUUAAUAUAAAGAACAUUUCACCUUUUAAAUAUUUAAUUCUUAUGUGGAUUUACUUCCAUGAGACUUUAGUGCUGGUUUUGUGACUGAGAUUGGUUAAGUAGAUUUAUUCAGGGAUGCUUAGAUACAAAGUAGAGUUUUGACUAGAAGGGAUCAGUUUCCAUGGAGAUACUAUUAGCAAUGUAUGUUCUUCCUGAAAUUUAGGUCCAUGAUUGUAACAGGUGCUGCGAAUGUAUUUGCACAUUGUGAUGUAAUGAGAUGAAUUGUUUAAAAAAAGUGUAAACUUGGUUCAAAUCCUUGCACUCUUUGUAUUUUUUUUAAAGAUUUUUAUUCCUUAGAUGUAAAAUGACUACCUAAUUUUUGAUGUAAACUCAUUAAAUCCAAAAAGGAAAAAAA